AUGUCUUGGCUCGCGAAGUAUGGCAAUGGUGAUGAAGAUGAUAACGACAACCUGGGUGUGGAUUGGGUACUACAAUAUGAGUUUGGAGACAUAGAUCAAGCUCAAGCUAUUACAGAGUUUCGAACACUUAUCCACGACCUGGGAGAGGCUGGCCUUCGGGUUCAGGUUCGUCACGGCCACGGUGAAGCGCUAUUAGUUUGUAUUCGGGUUCCGCGGGAUCAUCUCGGGAACUUAGUACACCAGUCAAGCCAAUUAACAUAUGACAGAAUUAAAGACUGGCUGUUUGGAAUUACGCAUAUCUUACCGGAUGGCGAUGAAACGGCAAUCGCUGACGCCGAGACACCAUCCGAAGAGAUCCGAUCGGUAUAUCACGCCGUUACUUGGCAAAAGGAAAUAGGAGGUGCAGGCAUCACACCAGGAUUUGGGAAAUGGAAGAAUGUCACUGCCUCUUUUCCGUUACAUGACCAGGAGGCCUGCGCGGAAAUGCUACGUCAAUGGAAUCGAAAGACUGUGUUGACGACCAGCGAUCUGGAUGCGAUUCGAGCCUUAUUUGGCGAAAAGGUAUUGUUCCAGCUCGGCAGCUCUUGGGUGGGCUACAUUGUGAAAUUGUGGCGAACAGCUAACCCUGUGCAGGUCGCUUUCUACUACGCUUUUAUUCAUUGCUAUUCGCUAUUUCUCGUGGUGCCCGCAGCAUUGGGCAUUCUUGGAUGGCUAUACCUAGGUCCAUAUUCGAUUGUAUAUGGGACUGUGCUUUGCGCCUGGUGCAUUAUUUUCGUCGAGUACUGGAAGAUACGAGAGGCCGAUUUAAGUCAGAGAUGGGAUGUCAAAGGUGUUGGACAACUGAAGGUGAAUCGAAGGCAGUAUGUUUGGGAGAAAGAGGUCAAGGACCCAAUCAGUGGUCAGGUGAAACAUGUCUUCCCUGGUUGGAAGCAGUUCAUACGCCAGCUGCUUUUGGUUCCUUUUGCUUCUGUUGCGAGUGUGGCCCUCGGAGCUUUGAUUGUUGCAUCCUUCGCAUCGGAGGUCUUCAUAUCCGAGGUAUACGACGGUCCAUUCAAGGGAUAUCUGGAAUUCGUACCGACUGUCCUGUUUUCGCUAUCCCUGCCCGCCAUAACCUCGUUUCUCACGAGCAUCGCAACCCGCUUGACCGACUACGAGAACUACCGAACGCAGGAUCAAUAUGAUCUUGCCCAGACUCAAAAGAAUUUCGUCAUGAACUUUAUCACCUCUUUCCUCCCCACGAUAUUGACCGCCUACGUCUAUGUUCCCUUCGGCAAACAAAUCGUCCCACACCUUGACAUCCUCCGAAGAACGGGGUUCAGGGCCGAUAUCGUCAGCGGACGGAAGGAAUUCGAGGUUGACACAAGCCGAUUCCAGCAGGAGGUGAUAUAUCUCUCCAUGACGGCUCAAGUAAUUAGCUUUGGCGAGGAGAUCGUCCUACCAUAUGUGAAGCAUGUCUUGAGGCAGAAGUGGCAAAACUAUCGGGAUCGAAAGGCCGAAUACGGCCGCAAGCGGACGCACUCUACAGCGACCGGUUUGUUCCUGGUUGACCCGCCAGAAGAAGCGGCAUUUAUGACAAGACUGCGUAGCGAGGCCGGCGCAGAGGAAUACCAUGUGGAAGAGGACAUAAUGGAGAUGUGUGUACAGUUUGGCUAUCUCGCAUUAUUUGGAGUUGCCUGGCCACUCGUGCCCCUCGGCUUCCUGCUAAACAACUGGCUGGAGCUACGAGGUGACUUCUUCAAGCUCACGCUGGAGUGCCAACGACCACCACCAAUCCGGUCUGACUCGAUCGGCCCAUGUCUACUGGGGCUGGAUUUGUUGGCUUGGCUCGGGACCCUAUCUACAGCAGCCAUUGUGCAUGUCUACCGGGGUCCUAUUUCCGAGGUUCAGCUCUCCUCGCUCCUAUUCACGUUGUUCAUCGCCGAGCAGGUCUACCUGGGGAUGCGAUUCACUGCCUCUACAGCCCUUGAGAAGGUCUUUUCGGACACGAUCCGAAGAGAAGAGGCUCGUCGGUAUGCAGUGCGCAAGAACUAUCUUGCUGCUAGUCUGGCUAGAAACUCCUCCCCCAGUUCCGGCUCCCAGGGUUCACCGAACGGUCGCAACCGUCACCGGGUGCGUUUCAACGAACGAGUCAAUGUGUACAGCUCGAUCGAAAAAGACCCAUCGACCGAGGGUCCUCCAUAUCCGAUGAAAGAGGAGCCUGGGAAUGAUGUGCUUCGUGGAUCUGACCGUGAGGCCCAGUUUUGGAGCGCUCAUUCAGGGGACAUGGCAGACGCAGGCGUCAAGCUAAUUCGCGCAUUAAGCACACCCAAAGUAGGGGAUGGCGUUAAAUCUUCUAAAGAGGCAUAG